AUGGAAGAAGAAAUUAAAAGAAAAAAAUAUCAGAAGUGUGCAGGAUGCGAUAUAUAUUUACACAAAGCUUCUGGAUACAUAAAAACAUUGGAUACAGAGGACGACUUAUCAAAUUUUCUUCAAGCGUUUGGCAAAAACGUAGAUAUGAAUGUGGAAUUAUGUUCAAAAUGUUAUUCAAAGCUUCGAUUAGUUUCACAUCAGAAGAGCAAGCAAGAUCCAUCUAAACAAGAAACUCCUGAAUCUUCUAUUGACUCUCAAUUCGCAUCAUCAUCGCAAUCAUCAUCCAUGGAUGGGUCACAAGUUGUAUAUCCAGAACCAAAACCACAAGAACCGGUAGAACUAAUUGAGAUGCCGAUUCAGAGAACAAUAUGUACUCAUGCAUAUUGUUUCUUAUGUAAGCUGCUUUCGGGAAUAAUUCAAGUUCCAGUUGAAGCUCGCAUGCAAGUCUACGCUCAUAACAGAAUAUAUAUACCAGCUGGUAAUAGAUGUUGUCGUAAACAUCUUAUUAAAAACCGUUUUUAUCAAGAUGAAUUGGAUAAUAUUAAAGUUCAUUCAUCAACUAGCACAAUUACCGUAACAGAGUUAUCAAAACUGUUGGAACAGUUAUCAGUUAGAGUAGAUGCUGAAAUUCAUGAUAAAGUUGGAGAUUUCACUUUUCCGGAGGAACGGCUAAUAGUACUGACUGGGUUGACUUGGGAAAACAUAAUUGAAUUACGUGGUAUGAUGACAUCUUUAAGAGAUUCAGUCUCUCGGAAUGUGACGCAAGCUUUAGUCGUUCUGUUGUUUAAAUUGGUCAGUGGUAAUUCGAACAAAAUUAUUUGCGCCGUUCUAGGACUCGAGCGUGAUCAACAAGUAUCUGAUUUUUGUAAUUCCAUAUUGACAUCUUUUGAAAAAGAUGUACUACCUACACGUUUUGGAAUAGGAGUGAUCAGUAGAGAAGAGUUAAUAAACCAUAAUACUCCAGUUACUAAAGCACUACAUGACAUCAAAGAUAAUGAAUUGGCAUUAAUUGCAGAUGGAACUUACCUUCGACACGAAAAAAGUUCGAAUAAUAACUAUCAAAGAAAGUCUUUUUCCGGACAAAAAAAAGUACCAUUGUGCAAGCCGUUCACAAUAUGUACUUUAGAUGGGUAUAUUGUUGACUCUGCAGGUCCAUUUAAGGCUAAUCUCAACGAUGCUCAAAUAAUGGAAUGUUUGAUGCAAGAUCCUAACGGUUUGCGAAAGUUAAUGCAAAAAAAUGAUCUAUGGGUCGUUGAUAGAGGCUUUCGUGACGUUAAAGAAAAACUUGAAACAUUAGGAUUCAAAGUUUUAAUGCCAGCACUUAAAGGUAAACGUAAUCAGUUAACAGCAGAUGAAUCUAACCACAGUCGUUCUGUUACUGCUAUACGUUGGCCAGUUGAAGUGGUACAUGGUGUCAUUGGGAAUAAAUACAAAUUGCUUCGACAUAAGUUCUACAACACAAUGUUGCCGAAAGCUGGUCUCUAUUGCAAAGUAGCUUGUUUUUUACAGAACAAGUUUGGAAAGCGUUUUAUAACUGACCCAUCUUUAACAGAUGAAAUAGUCUCGCGUAUGAUUGAACAGAGAAAUUUGGAGAAUACUUUAGCUUCAGAAGUUGAAACUGGUCACUGGAGUAGGAGAAAAAUACCUUUCCAGUUAAUAACAUCAGAUCAACUGUUAGACUUUCCAGAAUUGACAGAAAGAGAUUUAAAAAUAUUUUUCACUGGGACGUAUCAAUUGCAACAGUCCAUAUCUUACCUGGCAGAAAUGAUGGACGAAGAUAACAAAAUUGAACUUUACUAUUUAAAAGAAACAAAUGAAAUUCUGAAAGUCCAAGUGAGAUCGAGGCACGUCAGUCGAAAAACAUAUAAUUCUUACAUACACUACCGACCAAAUUCUAUAGGCUAUAAGGGCAUUAGGAGACACUACUGCGAAUGCGCAAAUGGUAACCGCACUAUUGGUUGCUGUGCUCACAUUGCUGCUGUUAUUUAUUACCUUUCGCAUGGUAGAUAUCUUUCCAAAAUAGUAAAGCCUGCAGAAAUCUUGAGCUCUAUUUUUGCCGUUGAAAAAGUAUCAGCCGUCAUCAACGACGACAGCGACGAAGAUUGA